AUGUCAAAGCAUCACCCAGAUCUGAUCUUGUGUAGGAAGCUGCCAGGGAUUGCCAUUGGCAGGCUGUGCGAGAAGUGCGAUGGUAAAUGCCCCAUCUGCGACUCCUACGUGCGCCCCCAAACGCUCGUCCGCAUCUGCGAAGAGUGCAACUUCGGCUCCUACGGCGGACGCUGCAUCGUCUGUGGCUCCAACGGUAUCUCCGAUGCUUACUAUUGUGCGGAAUGCGUGCGGUUAGAGAAGGACAGGGAUGGAUGUCCAAAGGUGGUGAAUCUGGGAGCGAGCAGGACGGACCUGUUCUAUCUGAGGAAGAAGAAUCAGCAGUCGUUCCAAAGAGGAUAG